AUGGUCCACACAAAUUCAUUUAAAGAUGUUUGGGGACAGGCCAAAGAGAAUACAUUGUAUAAAUGUGGCUCAAAGUCCGAAUCUUCUGAUUUUUAUAUCAAAUUGUCUCAAACAAAAGGUAAAGAAAUAAUAUUUGAUUCCAAGGAAAUUGCAACGUUUAUUUCUCCAUCAACACCCUUUCCAAAAAAACUUCUUGCUGGUAAAAAAGAAGAUGCAUCAAAAGAACAAAGUAAUCCCAGCAAAAAAAAGAGAAAACAAAGCGACGAAUCUCCACUUCCUCAUGUCCCAGAUAAUAUCGAUCUGGUUAUUCUGAAUGACGAUGGAUUAAAACUUCUGUUAGGUUUCCCAUUGUACGAAAAGCUGUGUAGUGGCCCCACUAGUUACCUUAUGGUUCAAGGUCCUCUCACAAACACUUCUUUAUCAACCGCAUCAACCACAUCAAUCACAUCAACCACAUCAACCACAUCAGCCAUGUGCAUCAAUUAG